UCUUUUUUUUCUCGUAAAUGUUUAUAAGGGAUUUAAAUGUUUAAAAGGUGUUAUAAUUGAAAAUAAUUAUAUUUCUAAUUAAAUAGUCCUUCAUAUUUCUUGUGAUUUAAGUAACUGUACCCAUUAGCAAUCAUGCGUUCUAGUUGAAAAGAAGUGUUGAUAAAAACGCAAUAUGUGGUCGUUUUUCUCGCGAGAUCCUACAAAGGAUUUUCCUUAUGAAGUGGGUGAUCCAGUGCGUGGUUUAGAAGAUAAGACUGUGUGGUCUUUGCACAAGGGAAAGAAGAGGGGUACACAAGAUGAAGUAUCGAUAUUCCUGUUCGACGUUCAAAAGAAUUCGGAAACGAUGUUCGACGUAGCAAAGGCCUCACUCAAGAAACUUAAGACUAUGAGACACCCUAGCCUUUUACAUUAUUUAGAUAGCUGUGAAACUGAGAAAUUUUUAUAUGUAGCUACAGAAUAUGUAGAGCCUUUAGCUACACACAUAGAUGAUAUGAAACUUGAAGGCCAACAAAAAGACUUGUUCUUAGCUUGGGGAAUUUUCCAAAUUACUAGAGCACUAUCAUUUUUCAAUAAUGAUGGUAAUAUGAGACACAACAAUGUCUGCUUAUAUUCUGUCUUUGUCACGCAAGCUGGGGAGUGGAAGCUUGGAGGCUUUGAGUUCCUCACUUCACAUGGACAGGACACUUCAAACCCUAUUCCUAUUAAAAUACUACCGGCACUUGAAAUAUAUGAUCCUCCGGAGAAAAAGGAUCCAGCUAAACUGAAGGCAGUUACAAAAUGUUCAUCAGACAUGUGGGGCCUUGGCUGUCUUAUCUGGGAGGCAUUUAAUGGCCCCCUCAAAACCCAGCCAGCCCUCAAGACACUGGACUACAUUCCGAAGCAGCUGUGCACUCUCUAUUGUGAGCUAGUCAGCGCCAACCCUACAUCUCGGCCCAACCCUGCUGAUAUUAUUACGAGGUGUCGAAAAAUGGGUGGCUACUUCAAAAACGACCUUAUAGACACUAUGCUGUUUCUAGAAGAGAUCCAAAUCAAGGACAAGAUCGAGAAGGGUCGUUUCUUCUCCACCUUGAGCUCGUACUUGGACAACUUUCCGGAGGCUGUGUGUGUGCACAAGAUACUGCCCCAGCUGUUGACAGCGUUCCAUUAUGGGGACGCGGGGUCGGCGGUGCUGGCGCCUAUGUUCAAGUUAGGUAAACUGCUAGACGAGGAAUCCUACCAAAAGCAGAUCGUGCCAUGCGUAGUAAAGUUAUUUGCGUCGAAUGAUCGCACCACGCGGUCGCGACUGCUUCAACAAUUAGAUCAAUUUAUCAUGCAUCUGCAGAACUCCACGGUAAACGACCAAAUUUUCCCACAAGUUGUCCACGGAUUCCUAGACACCAACCCCGUUAUACGGGAACAGACGGUCAAGUCGAUAGUACAUCUGGCGUCGAAGCUCAAUUACAAUAAUCUCAACGUGGAAGUAUUGAGGCACUUCGCCAGGCUGCAGUCUAAAGAUGACCAGGGUGGCAUAAGGACAAACACCACAGUGUGCCUAGGCAAGGUGGCAGCGCACUUGCACCCCCAGAUCCGACAGAAGGUCCUCGUGUCGGCGUUCGUGCGAGCCACCCGGGACGCCUUCCCGCCCGCGCGGCAAGCCGGGGUGCUGGCGCUGGCAGCCACACAGCAGUACUUCCUGUUGGCUGAGGUGGCUAACAGAGUGCUGCCGGCGUUGUGUCCUUUGACUAACGAUCCGGAGAAACAGGUUCGUGACGCAGCGUUCAGGACUAUCAAGGGCUUCCUCGGCAAGUUAGAGAAGGUUUCAGAAGAUCCAAGUCUAAAAGAAGGAAUGGAGGCGGACGUCCACACGGCCACUCCAUCCCUCAGCAACGCGGCAGCAACGUGGGCGGGCUGGGCAGUGACCGCCGUCACGGCCAAGUUCUACCGCUCGCACUCCGACACGGCGCGCGCGCAGCACCCCAAGUCCGUGCUGUCCAAGCCGGGCUCGCUAGGUAACUAUUACUACAUUAGUAGCAACGUGGGCUGGGCAGUGACCGCCGUCACGGCCAAGUUCUACCGCUCGCACUCCGACACGGCGCGCGCGCAGCACCCCAAGUCCGUGCUGUCCAAGCCGGGCUCGCUAGGUAACUAUUACUACAUUAGUAGCAACGUGGGCUGGGCAGUGACCGCCGUCACGGCCAAGUUCUACCGCUCGCACUCCGACACGGCGCGCGCGCAGCACCCCAAGUCCGUGCUGUCCAAGCCGGGCUCGCUAGGUAACUAUUACUACAUUAGUAGCAACGUGGGCUGGGCAGUGACCGCCGUCACGGCCAAGUUCUACCGCUCGCACUCCGACACGGCGCGCGCGCAGCACCCCAAGUCCGUGCUGUCCAAGCCGGGCUCGCUAGAGCAACCUUCAUCCUCAAGCAUGUCGACGACGACUUCGUCAGUAACAUCGAUGACGUCAUUAGAGCACAGCGAGUCCGCGUCCGACUACGACCCCGACCACUGGGACAUGUCGGCGUGGGGCGAGAUCGACUCCAGCGCGGGCACAGGAGCCAGCGCCAAGUCCCCGGCGAGCAGCGGCAGCGCGGCGGCCGCGGCGCCGCUCAACACGCUGUGCGAGGACGACUGGGACAACGGCGAGUGGGGCACGCUGCAGGAGCAACCCUCGGCGGAGGCCGAACUGGUGAGUCCUUCGGAAACGUGGAACAGCUCAGCGUGGACAGAACCUGCUGUCAACAAUGCCAACGCUACAUACGUGCGCCCAGCGCUGCAACAUAAGGAGCACCGGCUGGCGGCGCAGCAGAACAGUAACGACUCGCUCGGCGGCUGGGAGGACGGCGAGUUCGAGCCCAUCGAGGAGAACGCCGACGAAAACAACGCCUCAAAAAUGGACGAGAUACGACGAAAGCGUGAAGAGCGCAAACUACAGCGUCAGAGAGAGAUGGAAGCUCGGCGCAGCGCGAGAGGACAGGGGCCCAUGAAACUCGCCACCAAGCUCACGGCGCCGCCGCCGCCCUUCUAAACACAAGUAUACUAUGGUAACUACUAACUUACGGGACUGAUAUUGCCGAGUCCCGGGAAUUCCCGGUUCCGGAACUGUAUUUGUAUAGAAAUCCAGGAGUACACCUUAAUGGUAACCCUGUCUAAAGCGUGAAGAGCGCCAACUAUAGCGACAAAGAGAGAUGCAAGCGCGGGGUCAGGGCGUAUGAAAUUCGCUACCAAGCUCACGGCGCCGCUAAUCUUUGGUUACCUUGUUACAUAACAAUCAGAAAGUUUGGUAGACGAGCUUAGUUGGCAACUAUUUUGAGACCCCAGCCUGUGCAAGUGUUAAGAGCAAUUCCUAGCUGAGCAACUUUUCAAAUCUCGAAUUUUUGAAGCUAUGUUUCUGACGCGCUGCGGUGGGCAAGAGUGCGUGCGUGCGAUAAGGACAACUGCAGCUCAGACAAAAAUUCCCAUGCAAAAAACUCAAAAAUCGAGGUUUCGCUCUCGACUGUUUCCUCCUCCAAAACGCAACUAAUCAUUAUUAAAUUUUGGAAACUGCAAGAGGAAGAAAUAACCUAUGCCGCUAUCUAUUGAUUUUUUGGAUAUUUGUAUACUGCGCCUUUUUUGCAGCCAAUUCAAUCGAGCCGUUUUUGCGAUUUUCGAGGCUCUGUAAGUUUCUUCAAAAUAAAAUAAUCCAUAAAAGCAAAACAUAGCGGUACAGAUAUUGAUAAUAUGGAAAAAAUCAUUGCUCUAGGUUAAAAAUCCAGGGAGGAAACAGUCGAGUGUUGUAUGAAAAAAUCGCAACUAGGAGUUCCUCUUAAGUAAACGUCAUAAUUUCAUAGAACUUUGACGUUUAAAAUAACACUUAGCUGGGCUAUCAUAAUCAAUGCCAACUUAUCUUGGUCUGACUCUACCACUUAACUCGGUCGGUGAGAACUUCUAGUUGACUGCGGUGCGGUUGAAGGGUUGGACUUAAUAUUUACAAUAGAUUGGAGUAGUCCAAACUGAGCCACCGUCUACUUACUAUAUUUUGUUUAAUUAUCAUUAGAAAACACUUCGCAUAAAAAAAAAUGACGACAUUUUACGCUGAAUAUUAAUGAAAUAAUCCCAACUUUUUAAAAUUAAGCUCAACCAAAUAAGAAUUGAGGGAAGAAACUGUCAUAGGGACUAACAUUCGACGCGAAAAGUAUUGUGCGUAAACUGUAGGGGGCAGCACAGGAGAUGUCAGAUUUUUGGCGCGAGGUGUAAAUGUGAAGUUUAUGCUUCCAAUGCACAAGAUAGCAGAACCUACUAUGCACAAGAAAACAUACGAGAACGGUAGAUAAAAGUGCAUGGCGACUUUAUCAAUGAAUCCAUUCACAAUUUCUCCAUGCAAUUUCGCAGCUCACUGUAAAUGUUUAUAUUUCCGAUUCAGGCCACAAGAUGGCAGACCCUCCAACGCGCACGGUCCCUAUAUGAGAUCAUACAGGACCUCAUGCCUACUUCUCUCAGGUGUUCAGGGCAACACUUCAAAAUGCAAGAUAUACGACGAAUCUUUGCAUGACAGCCUUUUGUUACGUGGCAUCUAUGUGGCACUUUCGCCAAACAAAAAUGUGUUUUAUCAUAUAGAGAUAAAGUCGAUUGUUGGUUAAGUAGAGCUUCUAUCCUGAUCUUACCAGACAUUCGAAAGCAGGGGUUUUCAACCUUACUUACCUUAAUGGUUUGUUUUGCGCUCACUCGUUCAUAUAAUUCAUGACAAAUAAGUCUUCGUUGACCCCAAAGGGUAAAUGGUAAAAGGUUGGGAAACACUGUUCUAAAAUGUUACGAUUAUCAUUAUUGUAGAUAUUGUAUUAUGAUUAUUUACUGUUAUUCAAAUUAUUAAUAUUUUUAGUUUACUCAAGUUUUAAUUAUUGUAUAAGUACUAAAGUGUAUGUAUUUAUGACAAAACUAUCACUGCAGCGAACGAAGCGAAAAUGUCAAAAUGUUGAUCAGUAGCUCUGAAAGUUUGGGAACAAGUGUUAUAACUGAUGCACCAAUAGAGCGUUCCAGUGAGAUUAGUAGCCAAUAAGGCGUUUUAAUUAAAUAUAACGUGUUCUAUCCAGACAAAAAUGUACCACUUUGUCGGUCAAUAAGCGAUUUCUACUUGCAACUGUCUCAGUGCCUUAUUGAUAGCCGACAAAGUGGUACAUUUUUGUUCACAAAUAGCUGUAAGCCGCGUCUCCAUCAAGCGCACACGCUCACGAAGCAGCCUCGCGAGCCAAAUGCUCGGUGUGUGUGGACGUGCCUCGGGGCCGUUCGGACGCACGUUGGCUCGGCCGAGCGUGCCUCGGGGUCGAGUCGUCGGCUGUCGGCAAAUGCGCCUCUUGUUAAGGCGUUAGAGUGCGUGUUUAGAUAUUUUUGAGCACCUCGGCCGCUCCGAUAUAUCUGAUGGCGACUGUAUUUUUUGCCUGAAAAUGGUACCAUUUUCAAUUCGUAUGUUAAGGUGAUCUUUGCAACCUGCGACAUACAGGUUUUGGACCCGAUGUGGUAAUUUAUUAAAUUGUAAUUGAUAUAUAUAAAGAAUUGGAACUGUUAUUAGAUAGGUGAGAGAAUUUAAGCCGCGUUUUUUUUCGGUCACGUCUCUAUUGACAGUUUGAGAUUCUUAGGGCCGUGGAGUUACUUGCCAAAAAUCCAUAUUCUAAGCCCAAAAAUGAUCUUUUUCGACGUAUGCACUUUUCCAAAUUAGGAAUAUUUACUGAAUGUUAUGCAAAUAACUUUUCCAAAAAAUUUUGGAAAAGCUGAACAUUUCUUACCAAAAUGUGCUUGUUUCUCAAUUUAUUUAUUUUUCUUUGGAUUUCACUUAACUUACUUUGUUGGUGUAUUUUUGCUGCGACUAUAAUCUUUUGCAAAUUUCCAAAUCGAUUGUCUUUAAUCGAUGAUUAGUUACCUAGGCAGAGAUAGACCAAAAUAAGUCCGUAGCGAUUUUGAUAGCCCAGACUGUGCAAAUGGUUUUUGAAACGUCAAGCUUCUAUGAAAUUCUCAUGACGUAUAAAUAACACUUGCACAGUCUGUACUGUCAAAAGCGUUGCAGAGUUAUCAUGGUCUAACUGUAAUGCAUUGCUCUUCUCAUUUAUUUUUUUGGGAAAAGUGUAUACUUAUUCUGAAAAUGGAUUUAAUAUUUUUAAGUAACUGUACCGUUUGGGAGUUUUGAAAGUACUUCACAGGCCCUGAACGGUAGAAAGCCGUCGCCAUGUUUUACUCUAGCAUAUAACUUCGCUUUGUACAGUCGGUUAGCUCGAGGCGGGCGCGUGCAAUCGGAAUUUUGUACCUUAGAACCAGAGUGAAUUUAAAACGACAUACAGUAUCGUUCAAUCAAAGAGACAGCCGUGGUCGUAAUGCUAUCUGACGUACCUAGACUAUAACAAUAUUUAAAGACAUAGCAAAAUAGCGCUUUGAUUGAGUAUAGGACAGAGGGUUCUAGUCUAGUAACUUGAAUAAUUCUCUGCUAAAUGUCUGGUCUUAUAGUUCGAUUUUUUUUAGCAUUAGACAAAAAGUAAACAAUUUUGAAAGGCCUUUUUAUUGAAAAACGCUUUUAAUAAAUAAGGAUUUAAUACGUAUGAAACCAAAAUAAUGUAAAUGAUCGUAUAUGAUUUAUAAUUGUUACAUAUUUGCUGUGACUUAUUUUUCAAGUGUUUUUCAAUAAAAAGAUGUCAAAAUCGCUUACUCUUACUAAUGCUAAAAAAACGAACUAUAGUCAGUUCAAUUGUCAGUUGGUUUGUAAUAAUAUUCAACGAUAUAGAGAACGUGCAUAGACUGUAAGGAUAUAAUAGCACAGGAGCCCCUGGUUUAAGGUGGUCUUCAUAUUGUAUGCACAUUAGCACGCCUCUCCGGUUUGCGAGCGGGAUAUGGGACACGCAUAGCGCUGUCACGCUUAUCCACCGAAGCGACGUGCGAAUUCGCAUCAAUGUGUAACUGCGUUACGCUUCUAUUACUAUUAUUAUUAUUAGUUGUCAGUUUUUCCAAUGUACAAUGAAACGCGCGUGAAUUGUAGGGGGAAGCACCUGAUCAAUCAAGUUGAAAUAUGAAGUUUGAAAUUUCGAUUUAACCCACAACCCACCCUCCUACUGUCAGCGGGGAAACUCCAGCAUUCGGGCGUGCUCGGCUCCGUUCGGCUCAGCAUUACUACGAGCAAUCAUUAGGGUUAGCAAAACUUGACCUCCCUUUGCGUGCAUAGCCACAGGGCACAGAUAAGAAAAUUAUUCGAAUUUUGAUAACCGUAAAUAGCCUAAAGGAAAAGUGCCAUACAUUAGAAAGGGACAACAUGAUUUGACCCUGAAUCGCUGUCAAACUUCGGUUUUGUAGGAAGAUUUCUUUCUGUACGGUAGUACUAUACUUAUUCUGUGCUACGGUCACGGUCUUGUCCUAAAAGUUCUUGUCAUUUAACACACUUUACUCUGUAUCUCGGGUACAGAAUGGGUAAACCCCAUUUGUUCUAUGGAACUGCUAUUAGUGUUAAUUUGAACUGUAUUCCUAACACAUAAGUUCCAUGGAACGAAUAGGGGAAGCCACGGAAAUGAGGGUGUCAAUUCGGUGUAAGUGCUUGUGUGUGUGUGUUACUGUCGACAUUCCGGGCCGGUACUUAAUAUAGCUGAUCUGAUUCAUGAUGAUGGCUGAAUUGGCCUUUUAAACAAAUGAAGCUUUUUAAAUUUACUGAGCAAUUAACAGCUAGUGUAUCAUUUUCAUUUGUAUUACCAAUUUUCAUUUAGAUAAAAAGUAAUCUCAACACUUAAAAAGAUGAGUACCGUUAGAUUGUUUUCAAGUCGGGCAGGAAUGUCUAUUUAAAUUGAUGAUUGGAAUAAUGGGAUUCAACAUGACUAUUGAAACUACAUAGAAUAUUAUUAAAUUUAGAUGUGUGAUGAAUGAUCGUCCGUUUCUAGCAAGUUGAAAAAAGUUUGAGUCGCCAUCUUGAAUUCCAUUAUUUGAGUCACAAUGUCGUAAGUAAUGUUGGACAGAGCAGACUGAGUCGGUCUAUGAAUUUUACUUUAUAAUUACAAGCAUUUUACAAUCAUGUUACUAGGAAAUUUAGUGGAACAUACUUUCUGUAAUUAAUCACAUUUUUUGGUAUUUGCUCAUUGAAAGCUCUAGUAAUAUUUUAUCCUAUCCGAUACGCUUUAGACUCCGAGAAGAUUGUAUAGAUUAUUGUAAGAAAGCCUUAGGGGAGGCAGAAUUCAUACGUUUAGUUUCUUAACAUGAAUUUUGGGACACGGCCUUUCUUCUUGACAUAAGGCUGCUUUUCCAAGUAGGCGGUGAUGAGAGGUGCGGAAUUUAACCAAUACUGUUCUCGGCUCUGCUGUAUUAAAAACAAAUUGGUUGGUUGGUUGAUUCCCGCACGCCUCCUCUAAUCUCCGCUUCAGUGAAAGGCCUUAAUUGAUAAAAUUUUCCGGGCGAUGCUCAAACGAUAAAUUUGGUACACGGCGGGAAGAAGUUUAUAUGAUAUAAAAUUGAAGAUAUUUGAACUUAAAAUUGAAUUACAUAAGGUUCAAAUUUCUUCAUGUUUAUAUCUCAUGAAUUGAUUGAAAACCUUCAUGUAGUAACCAUGUCAAUCAGAAAGGCUUGCGCUCAAAAGUCAUGCGACUAAAAUAUGGAAGUAUUCAACUUCUCAAAUGUAUAUUAAAUAGUUUUUUUUUUAUAUUGUGGAAAUAAAAUCGACAUUCUAGAGGGUAGAAUGCACCCAUGUUUUUACACUUAAAUUGACGACGGCGCAAACAGAUAUACAAUUAUCUACUUUAUCGCAAUUUAAUAACGUUCCAAAUUGUAUAAUUGUGUGCCUUCGUCAAUACAUUACGCAGCUAACUUUAAAUAUUUAUUUGUUAAUAUCCAUUGCGAGAAAUAAAUGUCCUUCAAGUAAAUUCAGUGUGGAGUAUAUAAAACCAUGACAGGAUUUUAACGAUUCAGAGUAUAUUAACAAUUUUAAUGUAUGAGAAAUAUAACAGAUUGUAUAUUCAAACUAAAAAGGGAUUUGAACUAAAUAUACUGAGGAAACUGUUAUUGUGCGUAUGUUGAUAAGUUUUCCGAUAUUAUUGAACGGAUAUCGAAGCCGUGUGGUAUUCUGUCUGCAACUGAAAUUUACACUUCUGUAAAUAAAAGUUUAAAAUUUACAA